GCUCCUGGGACGCCCGGCCCGCCCGGAGGAACCACAGACAUGCAGAUCCCGCGAGGGCGAGGCGUAUAGGGUGGGAGUCGGGGCCGUCAGGGCGGGUUCUCCACGGUCUGCCCAAUCGCCUGCGCCUCCGCGCGCCAAAGUCAAAGUGCGGGUCCCGCCGGCGCGAGAUUGACGCUGCAACCCGGAGCCGCCCGUGCCGCCGUGUCCCUGCAGGUUCCGCACCCGAGCCGUCUGGAGCUAGGCAUGGCCACCCCACCUAAGAGGUUCUGCCCUUCUCCCUCGACCAGCUCCGAGGGGACCCGCAUCAAGAAGAUCUCCAUCGAGGGGAACAUCGCUGCUGGGAAGUCAACGUUUGUGAAUAUCCUAAAGCAAGCCUCUGAGGAUUGGGAAGUGGUUCCCGAGCCUGUGGCCAGGUGGUGCAACGUGCAGAGCACUCAAGAGGAAUUUGAGGAAUUGACAACGUCUCAGAAGAGCGGUGGAAAUGUUCUUCAAAUGAUGUAUGAGAAACCUGAACGGUGGUCUUUCACCUUCCAGUCAUAUGCCUGUCUCAGCCGGAUCCGAGCCCAGCUAGCCUCUCUCAAUGGCAAGCUCAAAGAUGCAGAGAAACCUGUAUUAUUUUUUGAAAGAUCUGUGUAUAGUGACAGGUACAUUUUCGCUUCUAAUUUGUACGAAUCUGACUGCAUGAAUGAAACAGAGUGGACCAUAUAUCAAGACUGGCACGACUGGAUGAACAGCCAGUUUGGCCAAAGCCUUGAAUUGGAUGGAAUAAUCUAUCUUCGAGCUACUCCCGAGAAAUGCUUAAACAGAAUAUACCUACGGGGAAGAAAUGAAGAACAAGGCAUUCCUCUUGAAUAUUUAGAGAAACUUCACUAUAAACAUGAAAGCUGGCUCCUUCAUCGGACUCUGAAAACCAGCUUUGAUUAUCUGCAAGAGGUGCCCGUCCUCACACUGGAUGUUAAUGAAGACUUUAAAGACAAACACGAAAGCCUGGUUGAAAAGGUCAAAGAAUUUCUGAGUACUUUGUGAUUGUACAGGAGCCAGCGGCAAUAGAACGUUUCCGGAUACUUCCUGCAGUUUUGUGUACUGCCAUUGCUUGAUAUUCAUACAAAAGUCUUUACAAGUGUCAAGUUUUUAAACCAGUUUUGUUUUAAGGAAAGCCCUUUUCUUUAUGUAUACAUAUAUAUAUAGUUUAUUUAAUAUUUGCAAUCAUAUGUAAAACUUGUGUCCCUCCCGGUCUUCCUUCCACAGUUUUAAAUAAACCAGGUGUGAAUCUCUUACAGCAGGGAGUCUGGAGGUAGAUUUUUCUUAGCAUCAGGGCAGUGAGUGGAUAAACUGUUCUAACAGGCCAGCCUUCUCUGCCUUCUCACUUGUCAUCCUGAGUGGGUUAACAUGUUUUCAUUGUGUCUUUGCUUCAGAGGUUGACCAAUUUCGUCCCGGGACACUUGACCAUUCCGUGUAGAGGAUGUGUGUCUUCUGUGAGUUGGUAUACUUAGGACAGGCUGAGAAGUGGGGAGUCCCUGGGAGAGGGAUGCUGAAGUGUUUGCUUGGUUUCCUUCCUGGUCCCUUUGGUAGUGUUGGAGAUUGAAGCCAGGGUCUCUCGAGCUGGGGAACCUCUACAGAACUGUCCCCAGCCCUUUUGUUCUAAUCAAGUGCCUCUCCUGCUCUACUUAGUGUUGAUAAGACCAUGUUAGCGUCACCACAGUAAUGUUUACUACUGUGUCCGUGCUGUGUUUGUAGAGGAGGAGGCUAAACUCUUCCCAGUUUGGUAAUGGUAUAAUUACUUCAUAAAUCUUUUCAUCUUUAAUCUGUCUGGGAUAAGAACUCUGUAUUUAUGUGAAAUUUUGGACCAGAAGAAAUCUUUAAGAGGUAGCUAAGAAGUUUAUUACAUGAGUAUAAAGCUUCAUUAAGAUAGCUACUGCUUUUCUCGGACUACUGCAGUUAAAAUGCUUGUUUAUGUUUCUUUUUUUAAGACAGGGUCUCUCUACAUACCCCUAGCUGUCCUGGAACUCACCAUGUAGGCCAUUCUGGCCUGGCCUUGAACUCACAGAGAUCCACCCACCUCUGCCUCCCUCCCCACUCCCACUGCUCAGAUAAGGUGUGCAGCAUCACGCCUGACUCGGAGGUUUUUGAAAUCACUUGAAGUGCAAGUACAGAUUUUUCCAUUUUUCUUUUAGUUUCCUAACUAAAUUUCUUUUAGUUUUCAUGUAAAAUGAGGAUAGAACAUGCCAAGGUUUUCCAUUUUUCCCCAUGGGCCCUGAGUUGAUAAUGAGUGGUCUCUCUUUAGCUUUGUAUGAGGUGAGACACUGAGAAGCCUAGGCGGGCUGUUCAGCCCCGCCCAGCCCCGCCUCCAUCACCUGGCAGACACUCUCCCUUUUCUGUCUGAAGUUAGAAGGCAGUCUGCUGACUUGGGAUUUAAGUCACAUUUCUGCUGAGAGUGCUGUGGUCACACUGUGCUUCAUAGUUUGCUUGCUUUGUAGAAUGUUUCUUAACGUUUUUGUAGUUAAAUACAAAUUCCUGAUAAAACAUUUUUUCAUUGCAUAUAUUGUAUCAUGGGAAUGUUACAAUUUUGUUGAACUAGGAAAUAAAAUUAACAAAUACCAGGAGGCUCAAAGCCCCCAUUAAUAAUGCCCGUUUCUCUAGACAGCUUUCAUAUUUAGUUGUAAAGUAAGCUUAUAUAUAAUUAACAACGUUUUGUUUUUUAAUUAUUGUUUUUUGUCUGCUGUUGUUUUUAAAGUUAAAAUGUAUAUUGUUUUUACCAAGUAGUUGACCUUUCUAAUUCAUAUUAGGAAAAAUGUAUAAUUUCUUGAAACAAAGAAUUACAUUUGUUUUGAAACUAUAAUUAUUCUUUCUAAAAUAUUACCUUUUAUUUUUGGUUUCUUAUUCAAAGAUGAUAAUUGAGUGGAUUAGCACGGAUCUUUGAAAAGAUGAUUGAAUUUCAAGUCUGUAAUAACCAUAGCUUGUUUUGUGAUAUUGUUUUUUUGUUGUUGUUGUUGUUUGAUAUAAAUAAAUUUACGAACUUAAAUAUAUAUGUCAAUAAAUGAAUUUAAAUUUCUUGAA